AUGUCGGUAGAGAACACUAAGGAACCCAAGAAUGAGGCUGUUCGUGAACCUUCAGAACCUGUGGCCAAGAAGACUAAGCUCGAAGACGGUACUCCUGUCAAAAAUAACAGAGUUUCGAAAAGAGAUCAGAACAAGACAGAAUGGGGCCCAAGAUUAGAUGCUGAGGGCAACCCUUUGCCUAAAUCAGAAAGAAAGCCAAAGAGAAAAGUGGCAUGUAUGCUUGGUUACUGUGGUACCGGUUACAAUGGUAUGCAAACCCAGCCAGACCCUAAGUUGAAAACCAUUGAGGAUGUGUUGUUCAAGGCAUUCGCUGAGGCUGGAGCUGUUUCAGAGGAGAACUCUGACGAUUUGAAGAAAAACUCUUUUAUGAGAGCUGCUAGAACUGAUAAGGGCGUGCACGCAGCUGGUAAUGUUGUGUCAUUGAAACUUAUCAUUGAAGAUCCAGAUAUCAUCGCCAAGAUCAACGCGGCCCUUCCAGACCAGAUCAGAGUUUGGGGAAUUGAGCGUUGCAACCGUUCGUUUGAUUGCAGAAAGAUGUGCUCAUCUAGAAUCUAUGAGUACCUUUUGCCUACGCACAGUUUGCUUCCUCCAAGACCUCAUUCAAGUCUUUUGGAUCUUAUCGAGAAGAGUAGAAAGGAACACCCAGGAAUAUUGAGAGACGACCCAGACCAGGCUUGGUGGGAAACCACAAGACAACGUAUGCUUGAUGCUGGAAUCACAGAGGAACAGCUUCGACUGGUUUUCGAGAAGACUGACUCCUCGCUGGAAGAUAACAUCAAGUUAGACUACCUCAAUGAGGACGGUGAAGUUACCGAAUAUGGCGAGUUGGUGAAGCGUGUGCGUGCUAUUGAGAACACUUGCCGUAGUGAGUUUAGAGUGAGUGAAGAGAAGCUUAACCUAUUCAGAGAAGCUAUGAACCAAUACGUGGGAUCCCAUAACUUCCAUAACUUUACCUUGGGCAAGAACUACAAUGAUCCAAGCUCUCGUCGUUUCAUGAAGGGAACAAGCGUCUCAAAGCCAUUCAUUAUAGAAGGAAGUGAGUGGAUCUCCAUCAAGAUUCACGGACAGUCGUUCAUGUUGCACCAAAUCAGAAAGAUGAUUUGUAUGGCCUCAUUGGUUGUGAGGACAGGAUGCCCAGUGACCAGGAUCAGCGAUUGCUUUGGUCCAGCGAAGAUCAAUAUUCCUAAGGCACCUGCGUUGGGGUUGUUAUUGGAAUGUCCUGUUUACGAGGCCUACAAUGGUAAGCUUGAGGAAUUGGGCUACAACGCUAUUGACUUCUCUCGUUACCAAGAAGAAAUGGACGCAUUCAAGAUGAAGCACAUUUAUGAUAAGAUCUAUGCAGAGGAAGAUAAACAGAAGGUUUUCCAGGGCUUUUUUGAGUUCCUUGAUAAGUUCAAGAACUCGGAAGCCAGAUCGGGUGGUAAGCACAUCUUUGACUUCUUGGGUGCUGCUUUCAACAAUGGUGUUGACAACAAGGAGAGUUCGAAGGAGUCGAAUGUCGCCAAAGCCACAGAGAAUGUUGACUAA